GCAACCAUGUAAUUAUAAAAAACUAUAUACAUAACCACAUCAAUAUGUGAUUGCAUAUUAACACCACUUUGAUUAAAUUUCAAUCCCUUAACGUCAUGAAUAUUCAUAAUUUCAUAUCAAUUCAUGGAUGGAUGAAAUUGCAAUUCAAAGCAGGUUUUAAAUUUUUUUAAAAGAAAGGAAAAGAGGCCCAACGGGCCCGAUUUCAAUGAUAAAUUAGUAUUUUGGGUUCAGAUAGUUGGAUAUUUUGAGCCCAAACCCAAAAAAAUCGACCGUGAAGCAGACAUUUAUAUAAUUUCAAUUAUAUAAAUGUUACAUAUAAUAAGAAUAACACGAAUAACAAUAUAACGAAUUUAUUAUAAAAGUAAAAAUUGAUAUUAUAGGCAUGGAGGGUCGGCCGAGCGAGCCAACCCUAUGGGGGGGUUUUCCACAAAUUGUGUCGGCCAUAUGUCUUGAUUUCCAUACAGCACCCACCCCCUUUCAUUUGGGGUGAGCGUGGCAGAAAUAGCCAUCCGACCCUUUUUAAUUUCUUUCGCUCCCAAUCAGUUCUCUUUUAUAACCACUCUCCCCUGCUCCUCGCAUUCAUUAUUUCCGAUGUGGGACAAUGAACAGAUCUUAUAAACCCCGAUUUUUGAAAAAAAAAUAACCCCUACAAACCCAAGCUUUAUCGCUCUUCCAUCGUCUCUUUUGUUCUCUCUCUAGAAUCUGAAAGAGCAGCCAUUAACCCAGUCGAAGAAUAGACUUCUCUUUGCUCUUUCUUGCCACCGACGUAGACAAGGAAGGAGAUUCAACAUUUUGGCGUGUAAACUACUGUAGCAGGGGAAUGUACAAGACUGUUAAUGGAGAAACUCAAAUCCGACCGGUGGAGGAGAAUACAAAUGGAGAGCUGAGCCAAUGGGAAGCACUAGUUGAGUGGCGGUCAUCUGAUCAAGUGGAGAAUGGAACUCCAUCGGCGUCACCCCCUUACUGGGACACUGAUGAUGAUGAUGAUGGGCAAAAACCCUCUGAACUAUAUGGGAGACAUACAUGGAAGAUCGAUAAAUUCCCAGAGAUCACCAAAAGGGAGCUCCGUAGCAAUGCUUUUGUAGUUGGCGGCUUCAAAUGGUAUAUUUUGAUUUAUCCCCGGGGCUGCGAUGUUUGCGACCAUCUUUCUUUGUUUCUCUGUGUGGCAAACCAUGAUAAACUUCUUCCAGGUUGGAGUCAUUUCGCACAGUUUACAAUAGCUGUGGUGAAUAAAGAUCCAAAGAAAUCGAAAUACUCAGAUACUUUACACCGGUUCUGGAAGAAAGAGCAUGAUUGGGGAUGGCAAAAGCUUAUGGAGUUACCUAAAUUGCAAGAUGGGUUCAUAGAUGAUUCUGACUCUCUUGUAAUAAAGGCUCAAGUUCAGGUCAUCAGAGAGAGGAUGGACCGACCAUUUCGGUGCCUUGAUUGUCAGUAUAGGAGAGAACUCGCUAGGGUGUAUUUGACAAAUGUAGAGCAAAUUUGCCGACGAUAUACCAGUUUUGAUCUAUUUGCUCAAAGUCUGAGCAAUUUUGCACAAAAAUAUUGGAUAUUUCUUGUUGGUUGCAGCUUCUAUGCCUUCUGGUUAGGAAUGGAUCAAAACUCCAGAAGACGUAUGUCGAGGGAGAAAAUGGACAUGAUACUGAAAAUAGUGGUAAAACACUUCAUAGAGAAGGAAGUCACAUCCACUUUGGUGAUGGAUUCCUUGUAUAGUGGAUUGAAGGCACUUGUAGGCCAAUCUAAGAACAAGAAAAGUAGGCAAAGACUGUCGGAUGCCGAAGAAUCACCAGCUCCAAUUGUUAGUGUGGACAAAGAUACGUUUGUAUUAGUUGAUGAUGUGCUGUUACUCCUAGAAAGGGCUGCUCCCGAGCCAUUGCCCCCGAAAGAUGAAAAAGGUCCUCAAAAUCGUACAAAGGAUCGCAAUGCUGGAGAGGAGUUCAACAAGGAAGCCAUUGAAUGUGAUAAGAGGCGUUUAACUGAACUGGGUAGACGAACUGUGGAAAUAUUUGUUCUUGCCCAUAUCUUUAGUAACAAAAUUGAGGCCGCAUUCCAAGAAGCUGUAGCAUUGAAGAGGCAGGAAGAGCUUAUCCGUGAAGAAGAGGAAGCGUGGCUGAUGGAAAGCGAACAGAGGGCCAAACGAGGGGCUGAGAAAGAGAAAAAAUCUAAGAAAAAACAGGUGAAACAGAAAAGGAACAAAAACAACGGGAAGGAAAAAAGGAUGGAAGAAAAGUCGAGUUCCCAAACAGAGGUUUCCCCAAUGGGGAAAGCACAAUCUACCAUGGAAAACCCCAAUACUCUUGGAGAUGUUUCUGACAUAUCCGAUUCUGUGGAUGGUUCGGGUGAAAUCCCUCAGCCCGAUUCAGAAGAUAGAGACGGUAUCCCUGUGCAUUGGGAUACGGACACAUCUGAGAUUCAUUCUAAUCCCACCGGAGGCAGUAGUAGCAGAGGAGGAGGCGGUUCCUCCAUAUCUAUUUCAAAUGGAGUUACAGAAAGAAAGAAUCAGUCUGUGAUAGAUGAUAGUUCGUCGACUUUUUCUAAUGACUCGAUCCAAUCAGGGGUAACCACCAACGGGUCCUGCAAAGGGAAUAUCUUAAACCAUUGCCACCAUAAGUUGCCGAUCAAAGGAAAGAACCGACAAGGCAAGGUGAUGUCUGAUUCCUGCAGUCUGGGGAGUGAAAUAGAUGAUCAAUCUUCGAAACAUGCAACGGACCCGAGGAAUCAGAACCAUUCUUCUUCCGAGCCAGGCGAGGUUGGUGAAUCUGAACCAGAGAGGUCUGGGGAGCGUAGUCCUGUUAUGGAGGAACGUAAUGAGCAGACAACAAAAAAUCACGAAUUCAGUGGAUAUGGAUCGUCCUAAAGAGAAAAGCAUCGCUGUUCUUUCCUGUCCGAAAUCUGCUCCUAGGAAUCCUACAUCCGAGAAAAAGGGCGUUCCAAAUGCAGAAACCGUUCCAACCAGGAAAGUAACAUCGAACGGGCCUCCUUCAUCUGAUCAAGCACUGACGAUCGGUCCCAGAGGUAAGACUCCAGCUCAAAAACCUGUUGAAAAACCCGUGACGCAACCAACACCUUCUAUAUCGAGGCCUUCGAGUGCGCCUAUAAUCCCUCCCCGAAUGCGACCAAACCCUAUCGUCUCUACGGUUCAGACUACCACAUGGGUUGCCCGUUCAGCUGGCCGGUUGGGUCCUGACCCGUUGCCGCCAAGUAUCCAACCCUACAUUCCUCAAUCCUAUAAAAGUGCCAUAGCGGGUAACACCGUCGGUUCAAGCUCACAACCUCCUCCAAUCUCGGCAUCUUAUCAGUCAUUGAGUUUUUGCUUAAGUAUUAGUUGUCGGGAUUCUACCUCGGGUACUCAUGGACAGAAGGGAGUUCAAGUUAUCAGAGGGAGACAACCAUCAAAGCUGACCCAUAUACAGCCAUGGCAACCACUGCUGAUGAUGAUACUCAGUUCUGGCGACAGAACCAGAGCAUGGUGACCGAUGAGUUCCCCCACCUCGACAUCAUCAACGACCUGCUCGAAGAUGAAAAUGGCAGCAAUGGAGGAAAUGGAUUCCAUGUGCCACAACUGUUCAACCUCUGCCGCCAGUUCGCACAUUAUCAAGGAACAGGGCUCUCGGGUGGUGAUGAGUUGUUGUCUUGCAGGUCACGGAAGAGUUACAGUGAUGAAGGAUUUGGCCAUGGCGAUUGGGAAUACAUGCAUCAUCAUGCCUCUGCUUCGGCAAACAUGGACCUGUCUUUGCUGUCGAUGAUGAAUCCGGAUGAGUCGGGUUGCCCGAGUUUAUCGUCAAGCAUCAAUGGCUGUUCUGAAUUCAGGCCUUCAAACGGGCACUGAGGAAACAUGCCAUUCAAAAGAGGGGGGAGGGAUCUUGCUUCUUUAAGGACUGGUAUCGUGUAACCUUAUAAUUAUAUACCAUCAUCAAGAGACAUCUUUUCAAGAUAA